UUGAAGAGUUUCUUCACUUUUAAAAACAAUGUCUAAAAAAGAAAAACAAAUGUUACACAAUAAUAUUUUUUUUUACCUACAAUUUUAGCUAUACUAGGCCUAAUCAACAAAAUUAUGGUAAUCUUACUGAAUCACAACGAAAAAAUGUCUUUAUAAAAUAGUCGUCUACGGCUAGCACUAAUUUUAUACAUAACCGGUCACACAAUAAAACAGUGAGAAAGCUUGACCGUCCCUAAUCAAGCAGAUACACUCGGCAGCGUCUGACGUGCCAAUCAAACAAAUAAAUUCAGCAUAGUGAUAAACAUAUACAAUGUUAUAGCUUACUGCUUCGAGCAGACGUUUCCGAGUUUAUGUUGUUUUCUCUGGGAAUACCGAACCUCAAUUACACUAAUAAAAUCUAAAGCCUUAAAGUAAACAGUGGUUGACAAAACAUUUGAGAGAUCCCCCGCUGUGUAUAUAUAGUAGUUUGAGUGUAAUAAAUUCAUUUGGUGUUGAGUAGUGAAUAUGAGUGGGAAGGAGAAGUAUAGUGUGAGCUGUUGUAGCAGUGGCAGUGAAGAUGAGAAGUAUGAGAUGGUGCCGCCGGAGGGGGGGUGGGGGUAUCUCGUGUGCAUCGGCCUGUCUGUUAUUUUUAUCGCCGGCACGGCACACCAGCCUGUGUUCGGGUUCAUCUACAACGAGUUUCUGGACGAUGUUGGCGCCGGCACUGGGGCCGUGACCGUCGUAUACGGAGUUUUCCAAGUCACUUUAGCCAUUGCAGGAUUUUCGGCGAACAUCGCUCUAAAAAGGUUAUCAUUAAGACAAGUGGGUCUUAUCGGAGCAUUUAUAUACACACUAGCGUCCUUCUUGGCCAUUUUCGUCACGUCAACGACCCAAUUAAUCAUAACUAACGGCUUCCUCCAAGGCUUAGGAAUGGGUCUCCUCAUUCCAAUUUCAUACACAAGCUUCAACAGUUACUUUACAAAGAAAAAGGUGCUCUAUUUAAGUCUGUGUAAGGCUUCUAUUGGGAUGAUCACGAUGAUGUAUCCACUGUUCAUUAAGUUUACUAUUACUGAGUUCGGGUUCAGAGGGACGUUGGCUGUAUUGUGCGCAAUUUCGGCGCAUAGCAUAUUUGGGGCCGUUGUGAUGCACCCGGUCGAGUGGCAUAUGGUGAAACAGAUGAAGCCGUGCGAGAAAAUAGUUCUAAUACCUCCAACCCCCGCCGUUGAAAAAGAGUCCCAAUUAGAAUUCAUUAAAGACGGCCAAACUCUAUCACCUCAAUUGCAAACAAAUGCGGCAAAAUCCGUAGAAAACCUUUACAUCCACGCUCAGAUCGCUAGAAAAUCUUCCGAUUUUCUCUUUGUACCGAAAUUAACCGACUCAAGGAGAUUAAGCAUUCCAGUGGUCCUAAUACCCGAGGACGGGAAGACAGAUAGCAGAUUCAACUCAUCAGACAACGUGUAUAUUGAGAACUUGUACAAAGCCGCUUCGGUGUCGAGUUUGGGCAAUUUUGGAGGUAUCGCGGCGGAGCCAAUGCCGAUCAUAAAGAACAAAGACGGAAAAUGGCAAACUGUCGCGGAGUUCUUAGAUUUGACGCUCUUGAAGGACUGGAUAUUCGACAACAUCGCUUUCGGGAUGUCGCUGGCUUUUUUCGCUGACCUCACGUUCUUCACUUUGGAGCCGAUGUUUUUGGGCAAAAACGGCUUAAGUCGGGGCGAGAUAGCAACCAUCAUAGCGGUAGGCGGCGCCACUGAUAUGUCAGCGAGGUUACUGCUUGGUGUCACCGGACAUUUCUUCACUUUGAACAGCCGUUACAUGUAUUACUCUGGAGCCCUCUUCACCGCGAUAUUCCGGAUAGUUCUCACGCAAUGCACCACCUACCUCCCGCUUCUGAUCCUGACCGGCAUUUUGGGCUCCUUACGGUCUCUGCUGCAUAUAGCGCAACCUAUUGUCAUGGCUGAGCAUGUGCCUAUUGAGCGGUAUCCAUCGGCGUAUGGACUGUACAUGUUGAUCACUGGAGCCUUGAGUUUGAGCGUCGGACCUUUGAUAGGUUUCGUCCGUGAUUACACUGACAGCUACGAGAUAGCGUUCUACAUGCUCACAGUCUGCAACUUGUGCUGCGUGGUCCCGUGGACUAUUGAGGCCAUCAUCAGAUUCUCCAGCCGAAAAACCACUCAUCUGGAAACGUGAUGGAUACAAAAUGCUUGCUGUGAAAGAAACUUUAGAAGAGCAAACAGUACGACUUGAAAGUAUAUAGUGUAGCUAAAUUAUGGUUAUAGCUCAUAAAAUUGCUUGAUAUGGCAAUCGGCAGGUCGCGAAAUUCCAAAACCAGUGGCGUAGGCGUAGGUAAAACGGCCCUUCGCCCAUGACUCCGAGCUGAAGCCUUCACGAGGCACACUUUUUUUAUAACCUUGGACAAAGCAAAGGCCUCGCAGAAGCAUCUUCGCCAACUCUUCUCGUCAUCGCUAGGUUAGUUCACGCGUCACUGCCGAAGACAUUAUGGCAUUUGGUAUGCUAUAUGCGACCAUAGACAAAAAAAUACCUGCCCUGUACGUACGGUUCUAGAAAAGAUGAACAGGCUACAGCGAAGGGUCCUAGGAAAGACGGACAGAAUCUUAAGUUUCGAAGGCGUAAGAAUGGUUGAUGGUAGUAAUUAGAUAAACAGAUAGUGUAAUUAUAUGACUGUUAAGCCUGUUGAAAAUUAAAAUUAUAAUUAUUAUGAUUCAGGUAUUCAAAUUGAAGCCCAGUAAAAAUGAAUGCCAGUCGCUAAGUCCUUAUAUUGUACCAAAGAAUAGAUAAAAGAAAUGACAAGAAACUAAGGCCAUCGAAUUGUAAUGCGAAUCGGAAAUUAUCAGUAUAAAUGACAUUUUAGUAUUUACAGUCAAAUUAUUCACGAUCAAACUGCAAAAGAAAUGAGACGAUGAUUGAUUUCCUUUCAAAAACCAUGUUUUAGUGAAUCUUCUGUACUAUUAUCUAUUCUGUGUGUAUGUACGGUAGUUUAGUUAUACUUUGAUUAGAUGAAACGCGGUACGCAACAUCCCCGAUGGUAUCUUAAGUGUUAAGUCGCUCCUUGACCCACCGUUCUAUCAGCGAUAAGCCGAGAAUCCGAAGAUUAUCGGCGGGUUAUCAUAACUUGCACGGAAAUAACUUUUCCUGGAGCGAGCAGGAAAAUUGGAUGAAACAUGUGGAAUUGAAGGCAUGUUAGUAAAUACGCCAAGUUGACCUAGUUAGCUGUUUACGUAUACAUUUACAAAAUAGUUUAUCGCUAUUUAUGUAGGCGUGUAUAAGGAUUGUUAUGAAAGUGAAGGAAGCGAUAGAGGUAUGUCAGGAUCGUAAGCAACUAGAAAUCCAUGGUCUCUGCCUACCCCUCCGAGAAAUAGGCGUUGUAUCUUCAUAUAUUUUGUUCAAAUUACCCAGCAGAUGAACACAUCUUCAUAUUUUUUGUUCAAAUUACCUAGCAGAUGAACAGGUGCCAAUUUAUUGAUAAAACAUUGGAAAGAGAAUAUAAAAUCAAUGUGUUAUUAUAUAUAGGAAUUGCUACAAUAUAACUAAUCCUACUAAUUAGUAAGUAGAUUUUCCUAUAUUUGUCCCACCAUGAUUCCGACUUACCUAUGGAUUAUGUUGAAGACUCUUACCUGUAAAUAAAAGUUAAAUAAUAAUUAUAAAAUUACUCACAGAUUAAUUGGUAAGUAGCAAUAUCAUUACUAUUUUAAUUUAUUUAUUUUCUAAAGCAAAUAACACACUGGCAGCAAGAUCUACAUGUAGUACCCGAUUUGACUCCACAGGGUGGAUCCGAUCCACUGGAUCGUGAUGUCAGUUGUGUUAAUACUCUAAUAUUAAUAUAUACUAUCAAUUUUCACCGCAAUAUAAAAAUAAUACUCGUAAUUUAGAUCAGUGCACUGGUGACCAGGUGAUACUUUUACUUGUGAGGCUUUUUCAAAUGUUCAUUAAGUGUCUAGUUCGUACAUGUAGGUAAUUAUGACUAUUCUUUUAUAGGUAUAUAUGCUAUGAAAACUAGACUUUAUAUUUGUUGUAAAUAAUGUAAAUUAAUUAGCUUAAUAUAAAAUUACGAUCUCUUAAAAUGUAAAACCUUGAAUUUUAAAUAAAUGUUUACUGUUUUGUUAA